AUGGAAGGAAAGGCGAAAAGUGUUCCGACUCCAGAGCCGCCAGAGGUAAUAGUCUGGGACUAUUAUCACAGGCCGACAAUCACGGUGGAGAAAGCGCACAAUUGCCUAACAUGCGGCCACGGAUCAGACACAGUGUCGGAGAUGGUCGCCCAUGAGCUCGAAGUCCACCUGCAUCAUCGGGCAAAAUACGGUUGCGGACAUUGCCGCAUCUACUUUCCCUCAAAGGUCGAGUUGAUUCGCCACAAGAUGAUGGACUGUCCGACGACUCCCAAGUACAAACGAAAGAAAAACCGAGCAGAAAUCGAAAAGGCCGACGAAGAAGAGCGUGAGAAAAUCAUCGAAGCCAUCAAAACGGGCAAAAUCCAGCGUCAUCCAAAAUUUUUGAAGACAGAAAAAGAAGAGGAAACAACAGAAAAUGCGAACUUUCUUCUGGAAGAAGAAAUGGAUGCCAUCUCGUUGGAGUCAACCAGAUCAGAGCAAAUGAUCUUGCAGAAGACUCUUUCAAACUAA